UUUUUUGUUAUCCUCCCUUUUUCGGGGGGGAUUUUGUUGCGCUUUUUUGCGCUCUGGCAGGAGGCGUUUUGCUGAUGUCUUUCUCGCGCCGACGUGUUUGGCCAAAAGCAAAUAUUCUCCGGUUUUCCGAACUGCGCAUCAUGCCAACACGCGUGUGCGUUUUAGCGGAGAAUGGAAGCGCAUGACGGAAUAUUCUCACACUUUUUCCCGACACCCAGCUCAACUAAAGCAGAGUCGGCGAUACCGAUCGGGAUAAUUGGAUUUUGUCACGUCCACCUACUCAUCACAAAAAUAAGUCGCGUUUAGGCUGGAAUGCGAGAAAGGCGCCUUUACGCACGGCGUACCUUUUUUGCACACGUUUUCAAUCAGAAACUGAGCAACUUCAGCGGGUUUUCUGUAGGAUGUCGCGCCGCAAGCAAGCUAAGCCAAGAUCCCUGAAAGUAGAAGACAAUGUGACAGAGGAGCAGCACCGUCCCGGGCAGACUGCCAUUCCAAGCGAUCCAGAGUGCGCCCUUAAGAGGGCAGAGGAGGAUGGUGAGACCGGGCGUCUGAGGAAGAGGCUGCUCUCUCCAGAGGAAGGAGAGGAGGGAGAGGAGGAGGACGAGGAGCCCGCGCUGCACAGCUGCGACAGCUGCCGGCAGGUGUUCGAGUCGCUGAGCGAUCUCACCGAACACAAGAUUAAUCAAUGCCAGCUGACAGAUGGUGUUGAUAUUGAAGAUGACCCUUCAUGCUCUUGGCCGGCAUCGUCUCCCUCCAGUAAAGAUCAGACUUCCCCAGGGCACUGCGAGGACUAUGACUUUGGUGAAGAGGAAGGCGGACCUGGCUUGCCAUACCCGUGCCAGUUCUGUGACAAGUCCUUCAGUCGCUUAAGCUUCCUGAAGCGUCACGAACAGAGUCACGGCGAUAAGCUCCCUUUCAGCUGUACCUUUUGCAGCCGCCUGUUUAAGCACAAGCGCAGUCGAGAUCGACACGUGAAGCUACACACCGGUGACAAGAAGUAUCACUGCGGAGAGUGCGACUCUGCCUUCUCCCGCAGCGAUCACCUCAAGAUCCACAUGAAAACCCACGCCUCCAACAAACCCCACAAGUGCCCCGUGUGCCGCCGAGGCUUCCUCUCGUCCAGCUCGCUCCACGGCCACAUGCAAGUACACGAAAGGGGCAAAGACGGCAGCGGCUCCACACUUUCCAGAGGUGAGGAGUGGAAGUUGAAAGAAACUCGCAAAUGCAGUCGUUGUGAAGAGGGCUUUGACGUCCCCGAAGAGCUACAGCGGCACAUCGCUGAGUGCCACCCUGAGUGCUCCCCAUCCGAGGAUGGUGGGCUGGGUGCCACACUACAGUGCAUCUACUGCCAUGAGCCCUUCAGUGAUGAAGGCACCCUGCUAACUCACAUUGACCAGGCCCACAGCCGUGACAGGAAGGGCCACGCCUGUGCUAUCUGCUCUGAGCACUUUCUGUCCAUUGAGGACCUGUAUGCUCACAUGGACAUCCACCAGCUCCCUGAAUCAAGUAAUCAUAGCAACAGCCCAUCACUGCUGACUGUGGGCUACACCUCCGUUUCUAGCACCACCCCUGACUCUAACCUCUCGGUCGACAGCUCCACAAUGGUGGAAACAGCGCCGCCGGUGCCCAAGACGAGGGGUAGGAGGAAGAGGGCUAACCAGAACACAUCAGACAUGGGAGGUCGGGCUUCCAAGCAGCCUAAGAUCUCCUACAGCUGCAUCUAUUGCAACAAGCAGGUGUUCUCCAGUUUGGCAGUGCUUCAGAUUCACUUACGAACCAUGCACCUUGACAAGCCAGAGCAGGCGCAUACCUGCCAGUUUUGUUUGGAGGUUCUGCCAUCUUUAUUAAAUCUAAAUGAACACCUUAAACAGGUCCACAAUGCAGAGGACCACGCUGCCCUGCUCGCCAGUUUGCCUGACGCCCUCCUUCAGUGUAACUUCUGCCCUGAAGUGCUGAGCGACUUGAACGCUCUUCAGGAACACAUUCGCUGUUCCCAUGGAUUUCCCAGUCCAGUGGCUAAGGAAAGUAAUGCUUUCUUCUGCCCCCAGUGCUUCAUGGGGUUUUUGACAGAGGCUACCUUGGAAGAACACGUUCGUCAGACUCACUGUGAUGGUGGAAGCCUACGCUUUGACUCCCCCUUGGCUGUUACUCCAAAGGAGCCUAUUGUAGAGGUAUACUCUUGUUCAUACUGCACCAAUUCCCCAAUAUUCAACAGUGUUCUGAAGCUCAACAAGCACAUUAAGGAGAAUCACAAGAACAUUCCCCUGGCGCUCAACUACAUCAACAAUGGGAAGAAAUCUUUUCGGACUCUCAGCCCCUCUUCCCCAAUAUCAGUGGAACAAGCCACCAUGCUGAAACAAGGCAGCUCUGCCUCGCGCACCGCUAGUGAGUUCAUAUGUAACCAGUGUGGAGCAAAGUAUACCAGUUUAGACCUAUUCCAGACUCACCUAAAAACUCACCUGGAUGUCCUCCAGCCUCAGCUUACCUGCCCACAAUGCAACAAAGAGUUCCCCAACCAAGAGUCCCUACUGAAACAUGUAACAAUCCACUUCACCAUCACCUCCACCUAUUACAUAUGCGAGAGCUGCGAUAAGCAGUUCACGUCAGUAGAUGACCUACAGAAGCACCUACUUGACAUGCACACCUUUGUGUUUUUUCGUUGCACUCUGUGCCAAGAAGUCUUUGACUCAAAAGUGUCCACUCAGCUCCACUUGGCUGUAAAGCACAGCAAUGAGAAGAAGGUGUACCGCUGCACCUCUUGCAACUGGGACUUCAGGCACGAGACAGACUUGCAGUUGCAUGUCAAGCACAGUCAUCUGGAAAACCAGGGCCGCACUCACCGCUGCAUUUUCUGUGGGGAGUCCUUUGGUACAGAGGUGGAGUUGCAGUGCCAUAUCACCACCCACAGUAAGAAAUAUAACUGCCGCUUUUGCAGUAAGGCCUUCCAUGCCAUUGUCCUUUUGGAGAAGCAUUUGAGGGAGAAACACUGUGUGUUUGAGGGAAAGGCCCAGAACUGCGGUGCUAAUGGCUCAACCGUAAGCGCCGGAGAAGGUCAAACUAAGGAAGAUGCUGAGCUGCAGGGCCUUCUGACUAACAACCACGGUGCAGGGGCAGCAGGAGGAUCUGUGGUGGAGUCCCAGAACAGCCAUGAUGGAAGUGAAGAAGAGGUGGACACUGCCGAGCCAAUGUAUGGGUGCGACAUCUGUGGGGCGUCGUAUACCAUGGAGUCACUCCUCACUAACCAUCAGCUGAGGGACCACAACAUCCGCCCUGGAGAGAGUGCCAUGAUUAAAAGAAAAGCUGAAAUGAUCAAGGGCAAUCACAAGUGUAAUGUAUGCUCUCGUACCUUCUUCUCUGAGGCCGGGCUGAGGGAGCAUAUGCAAACCCACCUUGGGCCUGUCAAGCACUACAUGUGUCCCAUCUGUGGGGAGAGAUUUCCUUCCUUGCUGACUCUGACUGAGCACAAGGUCACUCACAGCAAAAGCCUGGACACAGGCAGCUGCCGCAUUUGUAAAAUGCCUCUGCAGAGUGAGGAGGACUUUCUGGAGCACUGCCAGAUGCACCCUGACCUGAGGAACUCCCUAACAGGGUUCCGCUGUGUGGUGUGCAUGCAGACAGUAACCUCAACUUUGGAGCUGAAAAUUCACGGUACCUUCCACAUGCAGAAGACGGGUACUAUGUCCUCUAGUCAACCCAUGGGCCGUAACAAUCUUAUGUCACACAACCAGCAGCAACAUCACGCCCAAAAAUUAUUCAAGUGCGCCUCAUGCCUGAAGGACUUCCGUUCCAAACAGGACCUGGUGAAACUUGACAUAAACGGACUGCCUUAUGGACUCUGUGCAUCCUGUGUGACAGCAGCCGGCUCCAAGAGCUCCAGCCCAACCGUGAAUGGCGGAAGGCAACCGCAGCCGCAGAGCGGAACCACAACUCCGGCUACAACUACAGCUACAUGGGUGCACGGGGAGAGUCUCAGCCCUGGGGAGGGGAAAGGCAAAGUUGUGUCUUCAUCAUCUUCAUCCUCUUCCACAUCCUCAUUAUCUGCUGCCAAGACGCGAUGCUCCAGCUGCAACGUGAAGUUUGAGUCUGAAGCGGAGUUGCAAAACCAUGUCCAGACGGUGCAUCGAGAACAGGGAGGAGAUAGUAACAGCGGGCAGCACAAGACCCCCCAGGUGUCGCCAAUGCCAAGAGCGAGUCCCUCACAAACUGAAGAGAAAAAAACAUACCAGUGCAUCAAAUGUCAGAUGGUGUUCUACAGUGAGUGGGACAUCCAAGUUCACGUGGCCAAUCAUAUGCUGGGCUCAGAAGUAUCGGGAUCACAUCACCAAAUAGAGGAAGGAUUGAACCACGAAUGUAAGCUCUGCAGCCAAUCGUUCGACUCGCCGGCGAAGCUUCAGUGCCACCUGAUCGAGCACAGCUUCGAGGGGAUGGGCGGAACCUUCAAGUGUCCCGUCUGCUUUACAGUGUUUGUCCAGGCCAAUAAGCUUCAGCAGCACAUCUUCUCCGCUCACGGCCAGGAGGAUAAGAUCUACGACUGCUCGCAGUGCCCGCAGAAGUUCUUCUUCCAGACAGAGUUACAGAACCACACGUUAACUCAGCACAGCAGCUAACGUGGCAAAGAUCAGCGGCGUGGCCAAGAACAAGGGUCACAUGAUGCAGAAAAUAAUGUUCAACCGCCAAUUACCGUUGGCGCAGCUUCCCUCUGGCCACCUCGCGUUGAACUUUUGAUUCAGUAACGCCACAAGGAACCAUCGCCACAGCAAGAAAACACAAAAGUAAGGAAGACAGAAGACACUGAGGAACGGACAUAAAAGAACCCUCUCGGUUUCUGACUAUUAUUUGGAAAUAAAAAAAAAACAACUUCUUUGUACAUAGAAUCCUUCAUGUGUUGCUUAACUACAGCUAUAUUACAAUCUUAUACAGUAUUUGCCAAUGUACAGUUAAAAA